CGCACAGGCCUGCGCCCGGCCUCACUUCCCACCCCGCCGCGCAGCGAUCCGCCGCCCGGAAGCGGUGUCGGGCCUCGGGCCCCAGAAAGACGGGUCCCUCCCCGCUCGCCUGCACCCGGGACGCCGCUCUUCCCCGGCGUGAGGCCCAGGCCGAGGCGGGGGCGCGGGGAGGGCCCUGCCGGCUCGCCGGAGUCGCGGCCGCGGGCGCCAGGCCUCCCUUCCUGUCGCGGCCCGCCGGGCCCGUGACCCUCACGUGCCUUUCCACCCUCUGGGCGCCGGGCCCUGCAGGCACCAUGACUCCCAUGAGGACCCAGCACUCGUUGGCGGGGCAGACCUACGCAGUGCCCCUCAUCCAGCCGGACCUGAGGCGAGAGGAGGCCAUCCAGCAAGCGGCCGAUGCCCUGCAGUACCUGCAGAAGGUCUCUGGAGACAUCUUUAGCAGGAUCUCCCAGCGAGUAGAGCUCAGCCGGAGGCAGCUACAGGCCAUUGGGGAGAGGGUCUCCUUGGCCCAGGCCAAGAUCGAGAAGAUCAAGGGCAGCAAGAAGGCCAUCAAGGUGUUCUCCAGUGCCAAGUACCCUGCGCCAGAGCAUCUGCAGGAGUACGGUUCCAUCUUUGCAGGUGCCCAGGACCCUGGCCUCCAGAGACGCCCCCGUCACAGGAUCCAGAGCAAGCAUCGCCCCCUGGAUGAGUGGGCCCUGCAGGAGAAGCUGAAAUACUUCCCUGUGUGUGUGAACACCAAGCCAGAGCCUGAGGAUGAGGCCGAGGAGGGGCUCGGGGGCCUUCCCAGCAACAUCAGCUCCGUCAGCUCCCUGCUGCUAUUCAACACCACCGAGAACCUGUACAAAAAGUACGUCUUCCUGGACCCCCUAGCUGGUGCUGUAACGAAGACUCACGUGAUGCUGGGGGCAGAGACGGAGGAGAAGCUGUUCGAUGCCCCUCUGUCCAUCAGCAAGAGGGAGCAGCUGGAGCAACAGGUUCCAGAGAACUACUUCUAUGUACCUGACCUGGGCCAAGUGCCGGAGAUCGAUGUGCCGUCCUACCUGCCCGACCUGCCAGGCAUCGCCGACGACCUCAUGUACAGCGCCGACCUGGGCCCCGGCAUCGCCCCCUCUGCCCCUGGCACCAUUCCAGAGCUGCCCACCUUCCACACAGAGGUGGCUGAGCCUUUCAAGCCAGACCCAGAAGACGGCGUGCUGACAGCACCCCCUCCCCCACCCCCUCCCCCACCGCCUCCCCCGGCUCUGGCGGUCAGCAUUCCACCACCCCCACCCCAGACCCUGGCCUCCCCAGGCCAAGGCACCAGGGAGGAGGCCAGCAGCGGUGGCAUGUCUCCAGCCACUGUCCAGGGAGCUCCCAAGGAAGUGGUGGACCCCUCCAGUGGCCGGGCCACUCUGCUGGAGUCCAUCCGCCAGGCUGGGGGCAUUGGCAAGGCCAAGCUCCGCAGUGUCAAGGAGCGCAAGCUGGAGAAGAAGAAACAGAAGGAGCAGGAACAAGUGAGAGCCACAAGCCAAGGCGGGGACCUGAUGUCAGAUCUCUUUAACAAGCUGGUCAUGAGGCGUAAAGGUAUCUCUGGGAAAGGACCUGCGGCGGGGACCAGCGAGGGGCCAGGAGGAGCCUUCGCCCGAAUGUCAGACUCCAUACCACCUCUGCCUCCCCCACAGCAGCCACCUGGAGAGGAAGAUGAGGACGACUGGGAAUCCUAGGGGUUCGCCACUCCUUCCCCUAAAACCCAAAUGGAGUUACUGUCCUCCCAUGGACAUGGCUGGGAAGGGCUGCCUGGCCCAUGGGUCUCUCUGCCCCUGCUGCCCUUGGAGGAACAGGGAUGGUGGAGGACUGUUCCCUCCACCCCCACGUCUGUGCCCGGAACCUUCUUCAAGGAGGUUGAGGUGACCAGCUUCUGAGGCCAAAUGGCUGCAGGGGUGGGGGGGAGCCACUGCUCUCUGCCUGUGCUCUCCUCCAGCUAGACUGAAAUAAAUACAUGGAUCAAUAAAGACAACCCGCAAGAACCAA